CUCGCGGGAAAAUUUAGGGCUUUUUUAAGGCAGAGCCAGGAACGCGCGGGCCACAGAUAUUUUCUCCAUCAAAUGGACGGUGCAGAUGGAGGAUCAUCGCUCUCAGGCUCAGCCGCGCAGAUCACCGUCGAUCUGAGCCGAGAUAGGGCGGCGGUGGUGGACCUGACUGGGAAGGUGCAUCAGCUGCCCUGCUGCAUCAAGCACGACGGUCCCACAUCUGUUUCUCACUACUUCAAGCCCAAACACACAGGUAUGGAGGUGGAUGGGCUGAAGGUGGAAGAAGCGCAUUUUCGAGGGAGGAAAUUACAUGGUACCACCGUCGCCCUGCCGGAAGGCUAUUCUGGCUUUAUAUUGGGGAAGAAAUGUCAUGGUAAGGAGACUAGCACGGGAGGAUCUGAAUACUGGGAAACAAAUGCGACUUUUCAGAAUAUUACAGUGUGGAAUCAUGAUGCCAUGCCCUCGAAGGACGAUGCUUUCUUGCGUGCCUUUCACUGGUUUUCUACUGCAAAUGCUCUGCACAGGACGGUGACUCCUGAAGAUUUGGAGUCUAUAUGCUUUGAUUAGGGUGAUUGUGUAAUUUACUGGCAUGAAGUGUUUGACGCUCAGAAAUUGUAUCAGAUUACUGAUUGAUUAUAUAUUGAUUCUGAUUUAAAUUAGAUUUUAUAAUGUCACAUGUUUUUCAUUGAUUCAACCAAUAUAUACACUCUGUUAAUAAUCUGGCUUUGCGCGUUUGCUGGCUUGAUUUUAUUUUCUUAAAGAUCCCUAUUUUAGUGAUUUUAUGAAUUUUGCUUUGUGAGAAGCAAAACAAUUGGUUUGUUUGUCUUGUGAAAUUGAUAAACACAUUUGCCUCCUACAUAAGUUGUCAUCCUGUGAUAAAUCCUGCUAUAAAUUAUUGAAUGUACUGAAGAAGAAGAAGAAGAAGAAG